AUGACUUCACAUUCAGUUUCUGAUUUGAACAUUGAUGAUGUACACCGUUUACAAUUAUCAAAUGAUAAUGUUACAGUGUCCGAACUAGAUAAUAUGUUAUCUUCGAACUUAAAUAAUGUUUUGGAUCCUCAUUUGGACCAUGAUCUUAAAGAAGAUGCUAAUUUAAAUAAAAAAAGUGAAAAUCAUGCUAUUACACCACGAUCAUCCUCAACAUCAAAUUUACAUCUUGUUAAUUCAUCAUUACCUUCUGUCCGUCGUCCACUCUCGGUCGACGAAUCAGAUGAUGGCUUUCGUGUCGUAAAGAACAAGAAAAAACAAAAACAAAUUGCACGUGAUGACCCUCAAACAUUAAAUGAUAUUGAAGCAUCUCGUAUUAAUACAAUUGCACCUAAUCUUGUUGAUGUUGAACUUGAUCAAAAUUCAACACGUAUUGUUAAUGAUAAUCAACAUCAAUUAUCUUCUCAUAAUUUCGUGAUUACUAAUGAAUCAACACGUUUUGCUCAAACACGGUAUCCGUUUCCACCAUUUGUUUUACGUUUUGGUGCAGGAAAGGUUACAAGUAAUCAACUUAAAGAAAAUUUAAUUGAUCAUUGUAAAAAAAUUCAUCAAUUUGAUGUUCAAGUGAUUAAUUGUCGUUUAUCUUCUAAUGUUCUCUCUGAUAAUGAAUAUGAUAUUCUUAUAUAUGUAAAAGAUGCUUUUUCUUUUUCGUUUUUAUUAGAACAAGCUCAUUGGCCAAAAGUUAUAGGUGGUAAAAGUUAUUUUUUUCCUUCAGCACCAGCUAUUCCACCACAACUCUGUUUACUAAUUAAAAAUGUUGAUUUACGUAUUGAUUUUGAUGAAUUCUGUCUUGAUAUUAAAUCUAACUAUCCUCAAGUUAAAAAUAUAAUUAGAAUGAAAAACAAGUUUCAAAAUGAUAUUAAGAUGGUUAAAAUUGAAUUAACUUCCCCUUCUAUUAGAGAUGAUUUAUUAAAUAAAAAAAGAAUUUUUGUUAAUUAUAUUACUUAUGAUAUUAUCGAAUAUUUAGCUCCUGCUAAUGUGCUCAUAUGUUCUAAGUGUAUGGCAAUAGGUCAUUUUAAAAAGCAAUGCUCUCAGAUUAAAGAAACAUGUCGUAUAUGUGGUGAACAAGUUGAUGAUAUGAAAAAUCAUAAAUGUUCUAAAAUUGAAAAAUGUAUCCAUUGUGGACAAAAUCAUAAAUCUAGUUCUCUAAAAUGUCCGGUGGUCAAAUCUUUUCGUGCUGAAUUAACUCGUAAAAUUCUUCAUUUAAACAAUCAUUCACCAUCUGAUACAAACUUAAUGAAUAAAAAUAUUAUUUUUAAUUCAACUAAUUUUCCACCUCCUCCACCACCUAAAUCUUCAACAUUAUCAAUUAAUCCUAUGAUGGUUAAGCUGGACGAAUUAAUAAAUAAAUUGUCAGAAGUGAUGAUUCAUCUGGCUAAUUUAGAAGCUAAACAUGAUAAUUUCGAACAAUUCAUAUUAGAAAAAAAUCGUAAUGAUGAAAUUGUUACUAAAAAACUUAAUGAUUUAUCUAAUGAACAUAUGAAUUUAAAGAAAAAUGUUGUUCAACAUAGUUCAUAUAUUGAUAGACAUGAAAAUUUAUUUUUUAAAUUGUUAAUCCCAAUGUUUGAAGAUUUAUUUUCACUUAUUGCAGCACAAAAUCUUGACAAGAGAGGCAAACCACUUGAUGUGGAUCUUAAAUGUAAACUUAAUCGUUAUUUGGUUCAAAUGAAAAAAGCAACUGAAGCUAAAGCUAAAGCUUCAUUAUCAUCAUUUGACUUUAAUCUUUUCUUAGAGAUUCUUACUGAGUGGGAAGGUAGUAUAUUUCUUGAUUCUUGUUUUUCGUUGUGGCAGAAGUAUGUUCCUUUAGAUGAAAAUUCUUUUCAUUCUUCACUUCAUAUUCUAUCAUUCAAUGUUCGAGGGCUUGAGUUAAGAUGGCAAGAGGUUCUUCUUCUUACAUCUUCUUUCAACUUCGAUAUUCUUAUUCUUCUUGAAACUGAGAAUAAACAUGGUGGAGUUUUAGUCUUGGUGAAAUUAGAUAUUCAAGUAAUGCGUAUAGAAUGUAAAUUACCUAAUGUUUGUGUUUUGGAUAUUGCAGGUGAAGAAAUAUUACGUAUUAUUGGAGUAUAUGCACCUGAGAAUCAAGAUGGUAAAAAAGCAGAGCUCUUCCUUGUAUGGGCAGAUGCAAACUUUCUUGCUCCAUUUACACCUGAAACGUCUACUUCUUUGCGUUCUAAUAGAGUAAUUGAUUUUGCUGUAGCUGCUGGUUUAAGUAUCGAUAUUCAAAGUUAUAGUGUGAAACCUCAUCCAUAUACUGAUUCUCCACCUAUUGAAUAUGACAAUGUUGAUGAAUCGAUUCCUGAAGUAACAUUAGAUGAAUUAGUAUUCACAGUGCAGGCAAAACAAGCUUGGCUUCUUGAUAGAAGGUGCUUUAUUGAGAUAAAUAAUGAUAAAUCCAGAUGGUUUUCAAUUGGAAAAGGGGGUCCUCAAGGUAGUGUAUUAACUCCCACUUUAUUCAUUAGUUAUCAUUGUGAUAUGGGACAAUUUCUUUCUCAAUGUACUAGUCAUUUUUUCGCUGACGAUGUUGCAGCUAUACUUGCGGGACAUUUAGGAGUACGAUACACAAGUCAAUGUAUUGAUCUUGAAAAGCGUAUUAAAUCUUUUCUUGAUUCACUAGAAUAUUAUUCUUGUUUAGCUGAUCAGCCGUUAAAUAGAACUAAAACCAAAGCUAUGUUUAGUGCUCGUGCAAUAGGAUCCCCGAAUUUCAAUAUUACAUUUGAUAGUGGUGAUGAUAGAUACUUGGAUGGGGGAAAUUACUAA